AUGCUUCUUGGUCGUUUGUUGUAUCUCACCCACACUCGUCCAGAAAUAGCAUAUGCUGUAAGCAAACUCUCCCAAUUCCUUGCCAAUCCCACAAAAAAACACAUGCUUGCUACCAUCCAUGUGUUAAAAUACCUUAAAAGCAAUCCUGGUCAGGGACUUCUUUUUAAAUCCACUUCUGCUUUACGUUUGACUGACUUCUCUGAUUCAGAAUGGGGAGCUUGUCUUGACACUCGUCGCUCUACCUCUGGCAUAUGCUUCUUCCUUGGUGACUCUCUAAUUAGUUGGAAGAGGAAGAAACAAGCAGUCAUUUCCAGCUUGAGGGGGGCUGUGAAUGCUGAAACUGAAAAGGAAAAGCCCACGUGUACAAUUACUAACUAA